AAAGAGAGCGAGUGGCAGAAGGUGGGAAGUGUCAGUGGACAGUAAGUGAAACUGCUUCUAAUAACCUCCAGCCCAGUCGACUUAUUGAGUGCUAUUUUUGACUAUCUGAUCUUAUUGCGAAAAAAAUUAAUAUCCGUGUUCAUUGUCUGGAAAUUUUCAUUCUCCCUGGUUUUGUUCCUCUGUUGCUGCUGGCUAGGAUCGAGUGCACAAUUCUUCGACCCGGUCCCCCUCUCUCUAUGACGGCUCAGUUCUGAGCAGCCUCACCCAGUGUCUCCCUGAUGGAUAACGCUAACCUGUGGACACGGAGACCCAACUCCUCCAAGCUGUCCCUCUCCAUGGCAGGGACGGAUAGCAAGGACAGUGGUGGCGCCAAAGUCGAAAUUCCCCGUGGACACGCUGUGAAGCGAUUCGGACCGGACAGCUCGCAUGGCCGCUCCAAUCCGUUCAAUGCCAUCUCCCCUCUUUCCGCCGGCGGCGGCGGCGGUGUCUCCUCCCCCUCCACGAACGCCUCGUCCGCCUUUGGCCUGGGGUCGGGCGCAUUUGCCUCCUUCGGCACACCCAAGACCCCUGGGUCUGCCACCGAUCUCUCCUCGUCAAAAAUCCUCGGUGACGGCAAGCGGGAUGGGCAGACGACAGAGCAGGAGCAACACGCGGCGGCGGGGAUGACGGGGGUGGCGGCGGCUCAGGGUUUGAAACUCAAGGGCUCGGUCUCGUCUCUGUACGCUGCCGCGGUGGCUGGUCCCAAGGAGCAUCCGCUCAAGUCGACGUGGAUCAUCUGGUACCGGCCGCCGACCCCGAAAUACUCGGACUACGAAAAGUCGACGAUCCCCCUAGCCUCGGUAUCGACCGUCGAGCAUUUCUGGACGAUAUACUCGCACCUGAAGCGGCCGUCCCUGCUGCCCACGGUGUCCGACUACCACAUCUUCAAAAAGGGUAUCCGCCCUGUCUGGGAGGAUGAGGCCAACAAGCGGGGCGGCAAGUGGAUCGUCCGGCUGAAGAAGGGCGUCGCCGACCGCUACUGGGAGGACCUGCUCCUCGCCAUGGUCGGCGACCAGUUUGCAGAGGCCGCCGACGAGGUCUGUGGCGCCGUCCUGAGCGUCCGGAGUGGCGAGGAUGUGUUGAGCGUCUGGACGCGGAUUGACGGCGGCCGCAACAUUAAGAUCAGAGAAACGAUCAAACGGCUGCUCGCGUUCCCCGCAGACACCAACAUCGUCUGGAAGAGCCACGACGACAGCAUUGCCCAGCGCUCGGCGAUUGACCAUGCCCGUCAUGAGAAGGCGGCAGGCAAUGCCGGUCACCACCAUCAUCACCACCUGGGCGGCGGCGGCGGCGAUCGACGACGGCCUACGGCGGGUGACGACUCCAUGGGAGAGAAAGGAAAAGCAACAGUAGCCUCCUGAUACGCGCUCGUGCUUUUUGUAUCCAUCCAUUCCUUCUCUCUCCCUUCCUUCUCUUCCAUAUGGCCCUGUAUAGUAACAAAAAAGACAUCAUUGGGACGCGUUUUUGGGUCUGGGGCUUUAGGCGAAUAUUUUUGCGUCUGCUUUCUGUUCUCAUGCGACUCGGUCAUGCGAGAUGUUCUCCAAGAAAAACAGAGAGUAUAAAUCUACCUAGAAAAAAAAAGAAAAAAAAAACUAGGUAGGUAGGUGGUACCUGAGGUAGAUUAUUCUACCAGGCGGUGUUUUCCCUCUGUCUGAUUCUUGGCUUUUUCUCUUGUUUUCUGUUGGCACGGAUUGGGGGUCUCAUUUAUCUAGCAUGCAAUGACAUUAUGAAGUCUAUAACUAUAGGUUUUCU